AUGGCCUUCACCACAAACGCCUCCAUCCGCGUCUUCGGCGGCCGCCUCCUCAAGCUCACCCACCAGUCCUCCGCGACCGGCACCCCCAUGAACCUCAACCUCUUCCUCCCCUCCUCCGCCACCGCCUCCUCCCCCGCGCCCGUCCUGCUCUACCUCUCCGGCCUCACCUGCACCCCCGACAACGUCACCGACAAGGGCUUCCUCCAAGCCCACGCCGCCCCGCUCGGCCUCGCCCUGCUCUACCCGGACACCUCCCCGCGCGGCCUCGGCCUCCCCGGCGAGGACGACGCCUGGGAUUUCGGCAGCGCCGCCUCCUUCUACGUCGACGCGACGGAGCCCCCCUACGGGGUCAACUACAAGAUGGAGACGUACGUGGCGGAGGAGCUGCCCGAGGCGGUGUUCGCGGCGUUUCCGGAGCUGGACGGCAACAGGGUGGCCAUCUCGGGACACUCGAUGGGCGGGCACGGCGCGCUGACGCUGUUCAUCAAGUACCCGGGCAGGUACAGGUCGGUGAGCGCGUUCGCGCCGAUCACGAACCCGAGCGAGUGCCCGUGGGGCGCAAAGGCGUUUUCGGGGUACCUCGGCGACGACAAGGAGGAGUGGAAGAAGCACGACGCCACGGAGCUGAUCAAGUCCUGGAAGGGCGACUUUCCCUGCCUGGUUGACGUUGGCCUCGGCGAUCCGUUCUACAAAAAGGGCGAGCUCCUCCCCGAAAACUUUGAAAGGGCCAUCAAAGAGGCCGGCAUCACCGGCACGACCAUUCGAUACCACGAGGACUACGACCACUCCUACUUCUUCGUGCAGACCUUUGGAGAGGACCACGUCAAACAUGCCGCCAAAGCUCUCGGGUUGCUGUAA